GAGAUUCCCUGCCUGAUCUGGAGGAGACAGAGGGAGACAAGACCUCCAGAGUGACUGAUACUGACUGAACUAAUGGACCCACAAGAGAGUGCCGGACACAGUAGACAGAGACAAUUCGAAGGCUCAUCCGAGAUUUUAAUCAGCUUGGACAAUCCCUUAAAGCCCCAGAAAACCGCAAAUUCAGAAGAAAUGAUGACGCAAUGUGUUAUAUUUUAUAGUCAUUUAAGUUUUGUUACUGGUCUUUAAUAUCAGCUACCCUUUACAUUAAAGUGCUAGUGACCAUAAAUUAGGCCUUCUGACAUAGCUGAUAACAGAGGAUAAUAGAUGUAUUGAACUGUGAAGGAACUGAGAAGUAAACUUUCAUGAACUAUGGAUGCAGUAAUAUAUAACCAAUGGAUGACAACCAAUAAGUGGAAAUUGCAUAUAAUGUUAUCUUAAUAUGGCUAUACUGUAACCCAGGAUGACUAUUUAGUGCUCCUCAACGAAUUGCAGACUUCAUGAGUCACUCAUGUCAUUAUUCUGGAUGAGUUGGGCGUGUUCCUUCAACACAGAUGUUACCUGUAUGAGUAGCACUAUUGACAUUGGUUAAGUUGUGGUUGGACUAUGUCUUGAGAGAUACUAGUGAGGUUUACAUAUUAGGUGCCUCUAGCUGCAGCCACUGGAAGUUGAGUGUCUACUGUGUUACUCCAUAGGAUUCUUAUAAACAAAACUAUAUCUGAGGCUGAUGUGACUACACAAGACCUUAUACAGAGCAGGUGUUCAGUUGUUAUAGGACCUACCUCCGUCCAUUUACAAAGUAUGGAUCUUAAUCCUAUGAUGCACUGCAAGACCUCUCCAAAACCAUAUUUAUCUUAUUCCAUUGAGGAGAUAUUGAAGAAACCUUGUUCUGCUUCUAAGGAAAAUAUACACCUGGAAUAUUCCUUAAAGAAGGUUCCUCAAGAUUCCAAAUCACCUGUUAUCCAGAAUGUCGGUUCAGAUUUGAUAUCCCAACAAAAUUCAAGUUCUCAUUUGGAUACUAGCUGUGAAAAGUUUUCUUCAUCUAUUUUGCAUCAAGAAGGUGAUGAUGAAAUUAGUGAUUCUAUGCAAGUUACCCCAAAAAGUGAAUGCAAGAACAAAAGACGGAUUAGAACCACUUUUACCAUGGAGCAAAUCCAGGAGCUGGAGAGGAUAUUCCAUGUGACACAUUACCCAGAUGUUCAGACAAGAGACAAGCUGGCCGCAAAGAUCAAACUCCCCGAAACACGAGUUCAGAUUUGGUUUCAGAACCGGCGUGCUAAGUGGCGGAAAUAUGAAAAGCUUGGAAAUUUUGGAGGCCUCCAGCACCUCACUGCAAUAAAUGUGGUCCCAGCGCCAAAAGCAGAUUCUAUGGACUUUACUUUACAUGUAAAGACAUCUCAAGAUGAAUCAACAUGUGGCUAUUACUUACCUUUUCAAGGUCACUUUAACUCAGUAGUAUCAUUGGUGCCCAGCUUGGGCUCUGUAACGUCACAACAACCAACAUCAAUGAGGUCAGCGCCAUACUACAUUCCCUUUCCUCGUAGAACCAGCUACAGUGCUGUCCUGGCCACUCCAACAUAACUCCACGAUGUGGCUGAGCUCAAGGAGAAUCUUUUGACGUGCUACAUGGCAUGAGCAGCCCAGUACAAUAUGCAGCAGAUGGGGUCUGCACUUCAUCAGAGGAAGAAAUAUAUCGGUAACUAACAGCAAGCGGUUAAUUGCUCCUCUCCUGAGGAUGAUGAGAGACGUUUCACCACAAAACGUCAUUUAUCUGUUGUUUAAAAACUGCAGACAAACACACAGUGCCAUCACCGAGAACACAGAAACAAUUAAAACACCUUAUCAUUUAUUUAUACCCUCAAUGCAGGCAGGAAAAUUGUGGAAAGUGCAAGCAGAUGUUACUGAAGUCCAUUUAACUAGGAUUCAUGGGACCACUUUAGAAGACGAGUCAAUCUGAUGACUUUAAGGAUUUAUACGAUUGAAAAGUGGAAAAUUAAGGCCACGGGUUGACGAGCUUGCAAAAAAAAAGGUUUCCAGAGACAAAUUUCCAAGACGAAAGUGAUACGAGGGAUCAGGAAUCCCAUCUGCUGAUGUUUUUUUUUUUUUGGAAAAUUAAGUUAGCAAAAUGGAAGUUUUUAAUGUUCUGCCUCUUGAAUUUAGAAGAUCUGCAACUUCUCCUGCAAGUGGAUAAAGGACAUAAUGAUCAAGAACAAUUAUAAAAUGUAAUUGUACAUAGCGUUUAUGGGUUUUCAAUGACUAGUAGAAAUGAAAUAGUGUAAAAACAGUAAUGAGCAUGCAGUGAAUUGGUGAGCACAGAGUAGUGCGCAUAUGGUAAAAUAGGGAGCAAACAGUAGUGAGCUUACCCUGAGGCGGUGAGUCAGUGAAGUGAGCAUACACUGGAGCCCACUUUCUAUUCGUCGUGUUACAGAUAGGCCCAGAGACAAACAACUCCCUAUAUCUAGGCUUCUUUGACCAGGGGCUGUAAAAUACUGGCCAUAAUUGAGUUAUACAUUUUAUAAAUCCCAUUUUCAAAUACCCUAAGAGGUAUGACAUUUUAACUGUUGCUACCAGAAGUGUUUUUCUCCCAUUACUGUAGGUGCCCAAAGCGCUUUUCUCUGUCUGAACACAAAUAAAUCCUGCAGCUGCAAAGUCCUCUGAUUAACCCCUUCACUGCUCUAGACCCCAUGAUUAUUUAUUUUCACCCCCUCCCUGCCCUAAACCACCAGGGAUGCCUAAACUAAGCCCAGAUCUGCCCUAGACCACCAUGAAUUUGGGUAUAAACGCACGCCACAUACCACUACACCACCAGGGGUACCUGAACUAACCCCUGUACUGUCGUAGACCACCAUGAAUUUGGGCAUUAACCUACACCAUACCACUCUACACCACAAGGAUGCUGAUAUUAACCAGUUCAGUACCUAGAUAAUCAGAGAAAAUGGAAUUAACCUAUUGAUCUCAUGUGAAGCCAUGCCCCAAACUUUCACCCCUGUUUAUCCAGGAACCUCAGUCACCUCUUUUCCAAUUUUGAAUGCUACAUUAAAUCAACGCAGAAGAUCAUUACAAUCUGCAAGUCAAUUAACCUUUGUAUGUGUUCUGUACAAUUCAUUGUUCCCAGAAUCCUUUCCUGCUUUACAUUAAUGAGGCUGAACUCCUCGCUAUGGAAAAUACAUUGAGUGCUUGUGGAAGACUCUGGCACCGGACGGCCCUGUGCUAUACUGACUAGAUUACUGCUAACAACAUGAACCUAGGAGGGCACGCUAUUUCACAAAGAAGUACAAACCGGAUUCCAAAAAUCGUAAAUAAAAAUUGAAUGCAAUGAUGUGGAGGUGCCAACUUCUAAUAUUUUAUUC